CCGGCCCGCGGCGCGGAAGGCUGCGCACCCUCCGGGCGUGUGCCCCGACAGCGGCGGCGGCAGCAGCAGCGGGAGGAGGCCGUCGGGCAGCGCUGGAGUGAGCGGGCGGCAUGGUGUCCUGGCGGCGGAGGCCGGGGCCCGGCCUGGCGCGGCUGUGGGGCUUGUGCUGCUUGGUGCUGGGCUGCUGGUGGGGCGCGCUAGGCUGCCCCGCGUCCUGUCGCUGCAGCUCCUGGCGGAUCUGGUGCGCGGAGCCGGUGCCGGGCAUCGCCUCCUUCCCCGUGCCGCAGCGGAGCGCCGAGGAUGACAAUGUCACCGAGAUUUACAUCGCAAACCAGCGAAAAUUAGAAAGUAUCAAUGACAAUGAAGUUGGAUUUUACGUUGGACUUAAAAAUCUGACUGUGGUGGAUUCAGGCUUAAGGUUUGUGUCCCGUCAGGCAUUUGUGAAAAACGUCAACCUACAAUACAUCAAUUUAUCCAGAAACAAGCUCUCAAGUUUGUCCAAGAAGCCUUUUCGCCAUCUGGGUUUGUCUGAUCUGAUACUGGUGGACAAUCCAUUCAAGUGUUCCUGUGAAAUUAUGUGGAUUAAGAAGUUUCAAGAGACCAAGUUUUACACAGAAGCUCAGGAUUUAUAUUGCAUAGAUGACAACAACAAGCGGACAGCCUUGAUGGAUAUGAAGGUCCCAAACUGCGACUUACCCUCAGCAAACUUAAGCAAUUACAACAUCACUGUGGUGGAAGGAAAGAGCAUCACACUGUACUGUGAUACAACCGGAGGGCCACCCCCUAAUGUGUCCUGGGUGCUCACUAAUCUUGUUUCAAACCACGAGAGUGACACAAGUAAGAAUCCUGCCUCGCUAACCAUAAAGAAUGUUUCAUCCAUGGACAGUGGACUGUGGAUUUCGUGUGUGGCGGAGAACAUUGUUGGAGAGGACCAAGCCUCUGCCGAGCUGACGGUAUUCUUUGCACCAAAUAUCACAUUCAUUGAAUCUCCAACCCCGGACCACCACUGGUGCAUUCCAUUCACUGUGAAAGGGAACCCUAAGCCCACAUUGCAGUGGUUCUAUGAAGGAGCUAUACUGAAUGAGUCUGAAUACAUCUGUACUAAAAUACAUGUUAUCAAUCAAAGUGAAUACCAUGGCUGCCUUCAGCUGGACAACCCUACUCACCUGAAUAAUGGUGCUUAUACCUUACUGGCAAAGAAUGAGUACGGAGAGGAUGAAAAGCGGGUUGAUGCUCAUUUCAUGUCAGUGCCCGGAGAUGGUAGUGGCCCAAUUGUGGAUCCAGACGUUUAUGAGUAUGAAACCACGCCUAAUGAUCUUGGAGACACCACAAAUAACAGUAAUCAGAUCACUUCUACGGAUGUUUCCAACAAAGAGAAUGAAGAUAGCAUCACUGUGUAUGUUGUGGUGGGAAUUGCAGCACUGGUAUGCACUGGCUUAGUAAUAAUGCUCAUUAUUCUGAAGUUUGGAAGACACUCUAAGUUUGGGAUGAAAGUUCAUGGUGAAGUAAAAGGAGUUGGUCUGGUAGAUCAAAUAUGGCUUUCGUUGCAAGACUGCGACAAUGAAGAACAAGUAACUGUGACUGUGAACAGUGAUGUACAUAAUAACUCAACUGCAUCAGAUAACAACAGACUGGGUUUUGUUUUAUUUCAUAAGAUCCCACUGGAUGGGUAAAUGAAAUAAGAAAAAGAUGAGAGAGGUGCUGUUGAGCUUGUUAUGGAAGCUGUAUGCUGCACACUAGGGAGUGGACAGUGUUCUUGCCCAAUGAAGUGCCACCUCCCUUGGACUUCUCUUUUAGACGUUGGUUGUGUUUAGAAAACUCCAUAAAUACUUUCAAGCCAGUAGCUGUUUUUCAAGAACAGGGCAAAGCUAAGCCCUGAGGCAGCUAUAAAACUCAAGUCCAGAAAUAAGCUACCACACUCUUUCUUAUUGCCUUGUCCUCACUGUGUCUUCAAAAUGACUUUGAGAUGAAAUUACAUUAUAUUGUUUUCCUAUGUCAAUUUUUUUCUCUUUGAACUUAACUAGAAAGAUGUUGUUUUUAUAAAUAAUAUUUAUCAAAGGUGAACUGCAAAGUUGCUCAUGUAUUUUUGCAUAAAUGGCUCAUAAAACUCUUCCACAAACAGUUUAAGUAUGUAUGUAAACCCAUUGAUUUCACUGGGAAUACUGACAUACCUAAAGCUAAGUUCAUGUAUAUUUUGAGGAUAUAGCCUUAAAUACUAAAGCAGUAAAUUGCAGAGUUGGCCCCGUAAAUCAUAUUUAAAUAUGUGGUUCCACUGACUUUGCCAGGUAGAUGCUGAGUCUGAGCUGUAUGGAUAAUGAGAGCAAUACUGUUCAUCACUGUUUUUGUGUUUUAACCACCAUUCAGUCAGGCCAUGCUUAUACAAUAAUGUCUGUAAGAGCACAGAGCUUCAGUAGGCUGGAAUGCUGAUUCUGAGCCAAGAGCAAGAGUAACGACACUAUACUGUUGGUCCUUCAAAUUGUAUAUUUAUAAAAAUAUACAACUGUUCAUAGAAAAGUAUACUGUCCCCAGGAAUCUUUACUAUAACAAGGAAGGUUUGUAAAGCCAGAAGCAUUUUGCAAGAACAGGGAUGCAUUCGGGCAUAUUGUUAGAUAUUCAUUUACAUGCUACUUACUUAUUAAGUCCUGAGUUUAUCAUUUGAUCUUUUCUGUUUAAGGAAUAGUCAUAGGAAAGGUGAGGUUUCUGUUUUUUAGCUGAAAGUUAGUUAGGAAGAUUAGCAGCAAAAGACUGAAGUAGGUGAAUAUAUUUCUAUGAAUUCUGAUUGCAUUUCUGAGCUUUUGAUUUUAAUUCCUUGAGAAACAAGCAAAAGAUUAUAUUAUUUUGUCUCUUCUACAUUUGAUUUUCAUUUUUUGCUUUUUUUUUUGCUUUUUAAUUCCAAAUGUUUUCACUCUUCCACUGAAAAACUGUUGUCAACAUCAGUGUUUUUUUAAAGUAUUCUCUAUGCUUUUCUUUCUACAAUAGUGUAUAUUGUAUCUUCUUUUUUCUUGUCUUGACCCUUAUGCUCUUUUUCGAAACACUUAAUCUCUUUUUGCCUUUAAAGACUCUUAGUCCUUUGAGUUGUUUUCUUAUAUUCUCUUCAGUCUCUGACAUACAAGUUCUUUCUUCCUGCUGUGGUUGAGUUUUGCAAAUAUUCUUAUUAGUCAAGAAGUAUGUCCAUAUUUGAAUUCUUCAGGGUCUGUGUAGUGAAGUAUUUCCUUUCUCUUGUAACUGGUUGGGGAAUGGGAGCUGCAAUUGCUAGAUUGCUUUACUGCCUUCUCCAAAAUCUGUCCCAAAGGUGUGUUGUUUAAAAGAUAAUGUUAAAGAAGAAGGCAGAGCUGGGAGCCUAAAGACAACCUAGGAAUUGUGGUGUCUUUGUCACCCUGCAAAUUCUGUCGUGAUUUUGGGAGGGAUGGCAGCAAUUAAGGAUAUUCAUCAUCCUCCCUGUUUGAAUUUAGAUGUCAGCAAGUGUUCUGCCAUUCCUCAGAAAAAAAUAUUAAGAAUGUCUGCCUUUUUUCCUCCCUCAGUCUGUGUGAAAAUGAGCUUGCUUUAGGGUGAUACUUUCUAUUCUGCUACUGAUUCUUCUGUAACUUUCUUUUAAUUAUUUCAUUCUCAUAUUUAUUGCUUACUCUUUCCAUUUUGAAAUAACAUCCAAAGCCACUGAGAUGACUCUAAACUAAUAGGAAAUCAUUUAGAUCAUCAAUAUUUGAACUAAAGUCAGUGGAGUUACAUCAGAUGUAAGUUGGAUCAUGAGCAGAGCUUGACCCAGUAGCCCAGAUUCCAGUCUUAAAUUGUGCUGGAACAAAGUCAGCUUAUUUCAGUUAUGUAUUCACAAUUUAUUGCCAAAUAAAUGAGAUGAGAAUCUGAUCCCUUUUCUUUUGUCAGGGAAAAUGCAGACUUGCCUAGUUGGAAUUUGACAGAUGAUUUUUGAAAUAUUUCAUUUUAAAUGGUAGUUCUUUAUGAUUUAUUAUAUUUAUAUGCAUAAAUGUGCACAGGUAUUGAUUUGGGAUUUUACUUAUUUUUUUGUAACUUAUUUUGUAGCACUUUGCAGUUCAUCUUUAUGAUAUAGGAAUAGGUUGGACCUUAAAGUAUUUCAGCAUGUACUUACAGUAUUUUGGAUUUCACAUAAUCAUGCAGGUAACUUUAAUAAACCAGAACUGAUUUAUGCACCAGCAAAAUAUAUAUUUAUAUAUAUAUUGUACAAUUUUCUUUGUAUGUAUUUUGUAUUCUCUUUUAUAUUAGUCUCUCAGUGCACUGUUAUUUGAUGCAGAUAUUCACAGAACCUUAUGGAUUACAGCACAUGAUUUGUUACUAAUUAUGUCUUAAUGCAGAUGUUUAAUGCUUAAUGGAGAAAGAUAAUGUGUUCGGAAAAUGGUUUCAGUAUGUGGCCAGAGCCUCUUAAAGCUAAGGGAGCUAAACUUCUAAUGUGGAAAUUAUAGUACCUCCUAGCUCCUGUUUUUCAGCCUGAUUGUGACAUUGCUUUUAACUGUUCAGAUUCUGAUCGACUCAAACAGUGUUAGUUUAGAAAGGGCUCAGUUGAUUACAAAUUCCUGACCUCCUUAAAAUAAAGUGACACUCAAAGUAAGAAUCAUGCAGGAACCAUUAACAUGGUAAAAGUUGCUGAACAGCAAGGAUUUGAUACUAAAAAGCUUUUAUAUUGUUUCACUGAGCAAUAAAAAAAAAACAACUAUGAAAUGUUUAAAGGCAGAAUUGGUAUUUUUUUCUAAUAUGCCAGACAUAAAACCUAAAAUAAAAGCAUAUUCCUAAUGCUCUGCUAGAAGGGAUUUAUGCUCAAUUUUGCUUUAAAUUGGCAUAUAAUGUAUUCAGAAAACUACUGAGAUAAAAUGUUGAACAACUUAAUGGGCAGAUUAGCUGAGGGACUAGACGGAAUCCUGGGGGUGAGUUUUGGUGUGAGGCAGGGCAUGUAACCAAGGCUGUUAAAUAAACCCAUUCCAGUUGAAUUUGGUGGAAGUGGUCAGGUCUAUAUUGGAAAGGAGUGCAUUGCUCCCAGGCAGAGGCCUGGGUUUGCGUUGUCCUUGGUGUAGUUGUCUGCUAUGUAAAGCAAGGUGGGUGCCCACAGGAAGGCUAUUCCUGCAGAAAGGUGCUUGGGGACCAUGUCCUUUUUUGAUGGAAGUCACAGAACUUGCUGCCAAGGAGGCCACUGUGAUACAUUUGCAAUGUGUCUGGGUAGCAAGGCGCUCCCUGUCCUUUCCACUCCCUUUGAGUACAAGCUGGGUCUCUCUCACAUAGCAGUGAUUCUAGAAAGCCAUUAAUUUUGGCAGGAGAAAGAUCUUGGAGGCAGCAGACCGUGCCAAGAAAACCUGUGGACAACUAGUUGGAAGCAAUUCUGUUUCAAAUAGCUCUCAUAGAAGUUGCUCGCUCUUCUUUGACACUGAAGGACUAAAAAUCCAUUUAUUCCCUGCAGUGCAGACACUCCUUAAGCACCAUUUUUCAAAGACUAAAAGCAAUAUGGAAGUCUGCCACAUAUGAAUGAUGAAUACAGUUCCUACUGACUCUCUCCACAGCAGCAUUCAUAGAAAGGUCCUGUUUCUGAGACCCUUCACCUGGCUGUUAAUGGCUGGCAUUAAGGAUAAAACUUUAUAUGCAACUUUUUGAAUGUUUAAAAGUGUUCAAGCAGUUUGUAAAGUUUGUAGAGUUACCAAACAAAUAGAAAAGGUGUCCUUUUUGACAUCUGUCCAGUUCAGCAAUCCUUCUCCUGAUACAUAGUUAACGUUUGCAAUAAUUCAAAAUUUAUUCAUGAUUAGGGAGGUAAGUAUUUUAUGUGCCUUUCAGAAGAAAACUCCCAAAGCUUACUUGAAAGUUUUUUGUACUUUGUCGUUCUUCUUCCUCACUAUACUCUCUGUUUCUCCCCUUCCUUACAGUUUUCAGUUGUUCUCUCAUUCCUUUUGUUCUAUGCUUGACAGACUUAAUCCUCCUCCUUCUUCAUGUGCUGUAAACUCUCUUCUCCCGUCUCCCCUGAUGUGCAGGGUCUUUGAAUAUCCUUUGGAAGGGCAUUGCCAUCGUAAUGCAGUGGUAUAAAGUAGUCCAGAUGAGAAUGCAGGCCCGUAUUGAGCCAGAUUUUGUCAUCCAGUCUCCAUAGUGAGAGUUCAUUGAUGAUUGGAAGUAUUGAGAACUAGAACUACAGCAUUAUAAGCAGCACAGAGAAUAUUGGUACCAUGUUUUUCACAGUGUUUCACUGCCCAUUCCAUUCCCCUGCUUAUAUGCAAAUGCAUAUGCCCAAACUUUUGAAGCUGGCUUUCAUUUUUUUCUGUUUUUCUUAUGUAUGUACAAAUUAAAUUUGGUAUUAAAAUAGGAAAUGAUUAAUUGGAAAUAAGUGUAUGGAAUUGAAUUUCACAAGCAUGCAAGUUGUUUGAUUGGACUUGUAGAAGAGGUUCCUGUCUUUUUAUCAAACCUGGAAGUUAUUCAUAUUUUACAUUAGGAAUCAGUUUCAGAAAUUUAGCCAUUCAUGAAAAAAGAUACAUUGGAAGAGUCUACAUUAUGAUACGUGCUGUUUUGAUAUGGGCAUACCAUACCCUUACUAUCAUCCUUCUAUGAUUAGCUGUAUUUUUUCAGCUGCAAGAAUUUGAUUGAUAAGCACAUGUGCUCUGGUCUGGAGCAGAUUUGAAGGCAGUACAGACUCAGAGUAUUUACAUUGUGAAAAGGGACAGUAGUCCCUAGAGGCAGCAACACACAGCAGUGUUAAUGAGUAGAUUAGUCUUAAUUUAGGAGAUUUCCCUCCUUGUAUGUGUUUUCAAUGUAACCUCUUUCACUGGCUGGAAUGACAAGAACUACCAUGCAGGUAGUUCUUCAGGGAACUAUCUGAUCAAGAAAAAGGAUGAAGUUAUGGCUUUCUUCCAGUGGUUUUGAUUUUUCCUUGUAAGAAGAGUCUGGCGCACUCUUUUGGCAGGUCUAUAAAAUAGGAAAAGAAAUCCUGACUUUUUCUUUCAUUUUUUUAAAAAACAUAACUAUUUCCUUGAUAUUUCUGGAGCAGAAAUGAGUUGCCAUGCCACUGUGCAAGCCUGCGUUCAAGGGCUUUUGCAAACACAUUCAAAAUGUAUUCUGCUGCCAUUUGGAGCCCUGUAUCCUUUGGCUAUUUCUUUGAUUUAGGUUCAAUUUAAAAAUAGGAAGAAAUUGAUUCAGUUGGUAUCAAGGUAUAGAAGUUAAACAUUCUGUACUAAAAUCUAUCUUUCAAAUGCUGAAAAAAAUAAUGAUAGAACAAAAAUGCCUUCUACCUUAACAACAUCCUAAGAAAACAGUUUGCUGUAAUCCAUCAGCAGGCUGUGAAUUUUUGCUCACUCUCUCUCCUUUCUAAUUCUUCACAUUGAAACUGUUUUAUAUGUCUUGUAAAUAACAGACAAUGACUGAUUUUAUUGCCAAGUGCUACUGUAACAGUUUAGACAAUCCGUACUUUAAAGAAGUGUACUUGACAAACUUAUUUUUAACAGG